AGGAAAUUUUUUAUUUUCUACUUUUCAUUUUCCCCGGAUGGAGAGAUUUUGUGAAUCCUGAGGUAAAGAAGAUUAUAUCUAUACUAAACCAUCUUGAAAAGAUACCUCCUUUUGGGUUUUGAGAAUCACCACUUAUCUUCUCUGUUUAGCUUCUCGCUAUAUUUGUUAGCAGCAAAGUUGUUAUUUGGGUCUCUAUUCAGGUCCUGCAUCCCAUUGUUGCACAUGUUUGUGUAAUUCAAUAGAAGAAUGGAUCAAAAGGUUCAUGCUUUCACUAGAUUCUAAAGCUAGGGUUCUUGGGAACGUACUUACUCUGUCUAUACAUUUGAGAUUGGGUUUAUGGAGUCUUCAAGAGAUGUUGGGAAAGGUUGUGACUUGGGUUGUGAUUAUUCCCUUAGAGCAUGUUCUUUAGACUCUUCUGAGUCAUCUUCAAACGCAAAGUUACUAGUUGAGAAUGAAUAUGCUGCUUUACUUGAGGAUCUUUCUCUCCAAAGGAGAACAGUGAAAGAUCUUCACUUGGAGCUUGAAGAAGAGAGAAACGCUGCUGAAUCAGCAGCUAACGAGACAAUGUCAAUGAUACUUAGGCUGCAGAGCGAGAAAGCUGAGAUAGAGAUGGAAGCUAGGCAGUUCAAAGCGUUUGCUGAGAGGACAAUGACAUAUGAACAAGAAAAAGUAGCAGCUUUGGAGGAGUUGGUGUAUGAGAAAGAGCAAGCUAUUGAGUCCUUGUCUUAUGAGGUUGAAGCUUACAAGGAUAGGUUGAUGAGCUAUGGGGUGACUGAAGCAGAGAUUCAUGAUCAGAUACUUGGUUUUGGUAGAGACUCUGUUGAUGUUUACCCGUGUGAAUACACUUCUUUGAAAUUUAGUGUGGAUGAUGAGAACCUGAGCGAGCCUGAUGGUGAUGUUGAGGUUGUGGAGAAGGUGAUGGUUGGUCAGUCUCCAGGAUGGCCGUAUUAUGAUUCAAACUCGCCUUUAGGAACUGCUAAAGAAGUAAAGGGAACAUUGUACACAGACUCUCCUAUGUCUAUUAAUAGUGACAGAGUUUAUACUAUUGACUCAGUUCAUGUGGGAGUUUCUGAAGUGAAGAUUAACGACGAGCUUAGUAAGAUUAGUAUGGGAAAGUUGGAUGGUGAUCAUUGGAAUGCUCAGAGAUAUCAAGAACCGGUGAUGAUGACUCGGAAAGGAGUUAAAGAGCCAGAUAUUGAGAAGCUUUACACAAGGCUUCAAGCACUUGAGGCUGACAGGGAGUCAUUGAGACAGGUCAUUGUAGCAAUGCGGACAGACAAAGCUCAGCUGGUGUUGUUGAAAGAAAUCGCACAGCAUUUAUCAAAGGAAACUGUCAUAACAAACCGGCGAAACCUGGUUAGCAAAAUGCCAUCUUUCAAAGCAUUAUAUCAUGUAGGAACGGUCUUCAAGUGGAUUGUGUCUUUCGUUUCUUGGAAAAGGAAAGCCAAGCGGAACAAGUAUGUGUACAAUCUGUCAGCAAACAAUAUGGGGAUGCUUAUGAUUCUAGGCGAGGGAUGUCGAACUAGAAGAUGGAGUUGCAUAACAAGUUCACAUGUCUAGAGACAUCCAUUCGUUUUUCUCUCCUGGUAUAGCUAGUGCAAAUUGAAUGUACAUUUCUCUU